AUGACGUUAUUGAUCUUAAAUCUAUUUGCAAUUGAUAUCACUCAAGAUCACAUUAAGGCAGUGGUCAUGAAUAUAUUUGUAGGAGGAACUGAUACAAUUGCAGCCAUCUUGGUCUGGGCAAUGACAGCGCUAAUGAAGGAUCUUAUAGUGAUGAAGAAAGCCCAAGAAGAAAUCAGAAAUAUAGGAGGAAAGAAGGGCUUUAUAGAUGAAGAUGAUAUUGAGAAGCUUCCUUAUCUCAAGGCACUAACCAAGGAGACAAUGAAAUUGCACCCACCCAUUCCAUUGAUACCGCGAGCAACACUUGAAAAUUGCAGUGUCAAUGGGUGUGAGGUACCACCAAAAACCCUAGUGUUUGUGAAUGCAUUGGCAAUUGGAAGGGAUCCUGAAUCCAGGGAAAACCCCCACGAGUUCAACCCUGAGCCAUUUUUGGGUACUUUUAUCGACUUCAAAGGACAACAUUAUGGGCUAAUGGCCUUUAGGGCUGGCCGACGAGGUUGUCCUGGAAUAUAUCUUAGAACUGUGAUUAUUCAGCUUGCCCUAGGUAAUCUUCUUUAUUCAUUUGACUGGGAAAUGCCUAAUGGUAUGACCAAAGAAGACAUAGACACCGACGUGAAACAUGGUGUCACAAUGCUGUUAAAUUUCAUCAACUUUCUAUCAAAAAUUUGUAUAUGGAAUCAAUUUAAUAAUUUAUGGACCCUUCACGGGACAACUUGGCCAACUUGCUGGAAACAUCCUUGGAGGUUUCCGCCAGAUGCGGUUUAG